AUGGACUCACAGAACCAAUCGGCGCAAUCCCAACAACAGGGACGCCCCGCGCCGGUCUAUGACACAACACAAGGUGGCCAUUACGGUGCUUGCGCCGCUCUAGCGACGCAAGGAUUCGCCCCCGCUGAAUUGUACACGGGACCUUGGGCAAACGUUCACCAAGGUCUUACUGGACAGUACAAGGAUAUUUUGACAACUUACUGGCAGCAGACCAUUACUCACCUAGAGAGUGAGACACAUGAUUACAAAAUUCACCAACUCCCCCUGGCACGGAUCAAGAAAGUAAUGAAGGCAGACCCUGAAGUCAAAAUGAUCUCUGCCGAAGCACCGAUUCUAUUUGCCAAGGGCUGCGAUGUUUUCAUCACGGAGCUGACAAUGCGGGCUUGGAUCCACGCCGAAGAAAACAAGCGCCGCACACUUCAGCGUUCCGACAUUGCGUCUGCGCUGGCGAAAUCUGACAUGUUUGAUUUCUUGAUCGAUAUUGUACCCCGAGAGGAGGCAGCAUCUCACGCCAAGAGAACCGCUGCGCAACCCGCACCACCGGUUGGAAGCGGUCAGGCACGCAUGUCUGCUAGCAUGGCACAGCCCAAUUCACACCCAAUGGCUGGAGCCGAAUACAUGAGUGCCCACGGAAUCACGAAUGAGCAGGAUUACCGUCAGAAUCCCACGCUAUACGCUGGCCAAGUCCCUGCGGCAGCCUCUGCUGCAUAUGGUCAAGCGCAGGCAGCGGGCACGAUUUAUGGUGAGAUGGACAAUAUGUACCCAUAUUCGGGCAUGCAGGCCCAGCAAGCACAGAUGACAUCCGAAGAGUUUGAGUGA